AUGUCCAAUGUCGAUAUAUCAAGUGACGGCCUCAUUGGCGUCGAUUAUGACUCCAGAGGCUAUCUCCAGCCUCAAACAUGGCCAGUGGCCGUAGACCAAGCCCCACGGUCUGAAGAAGGCCACGGUCUCUCGCCGUUGCAAACCAGCGGUCACACCCUGGAACAGUCGGUGGCCCAGGACCCGAACCUCAUGGUCGACUGGCAAUUCCAACCAUUGCAACAGACUCAGCAACAUCAGCAUCUGUCUUAUUCGCCUGAGGACCCCUCGUCAGCUCCUCAGUUCACCAACGCCAGCUAUGGCAUGCCUAUCCAGUCGUCGCCCGUGGAUCUCAUGUCCGGGCCCCAGGGCCAGAUGAGCGCCGGUCUGCUCGAUGGUCCCUAUCUGCCGCUGUCUGCGCCAGUCGACAUGGUGCCCUUCACCUAUCAGGACUUCCAGGCCGAUCUGAUGGCUUUCCCUCCCAGUGACCUGCCCGACGUGUCGCCCUAUGGUGCCCCGCACCCGGUCCUGGAAAGCAGCUCGCCCACCGAUACCUAUCUGGAGGUCCGUUCCCUCACUAGCUCCAGCAGCGACAAUGGCUGGAGCACUGUCGACCACCGUCGCUCGCUGGAUUUCGGCUUCCCCGAACAAGGCGUCUUUGUCAACCCCACCCAGACGCUGCAUGACCGGAGUCUCUCCGAGUCGUCCUACUCGACCUCCUAUGGCAGUUUUGUGGAUAUCGCCAACCCCAGCAGUUCGCCCAUCUCGGAUACCAACCUGGACUUGCCCUAUAACCACCACCCCGUCGGUCUGACAGGCACACCUCCCACAGCCAGCUCAAUGCCGCGGCAUGUGCCGGACGAGCACUCGUCCUCAGGGUCUCGCUCCCCGUCAGCCGUCAGCCCCAGUGCCAUGGUGCGGCCGAUCCCGGUUCCCCUCAAGAAGUCCACCUCGCCCACUCGCUCGUCUGGCUCUUCUCACGCAUCUUCCGCAUCACCUCCCAGCCGCAAACCCUCCCGUAAGAGCCCCAUUGCCGCCAAAACCGCCGAGACCAAGGUUCGCAAGCAGUCUCAAGUCGGAAAGCCCGACUCCGAGAAGCGCGUCGGGAAACGCAAGGGUCCCCUCAAGCCCGACCAGCGGAAGCAAGCCAGCGAGAUUCGAAAGCUGCGGGCAUGUCUGCGCUGCAAGUUCCUCAAGAAGACUUGUGACAAGGGUGAGCCGUGUGGGGGAUGCCAGCCGUCCCAUGCUCGGCUAUGGCAGGUGCCGUGUACCCGGAUUGAUAUCAAGGAAAUCGGGUACUUUAUGAAGGAUUGGAAAGCGGACUAUGAGCGCCACAUCUCGAUGGGCUUCUCGGUGGGCAACAUCAAGGGAUUCUCGGACCAGGAGCGCACCCUCUUUAUCACCCAUGGGUACGGACAGGUCCUGCCCAUCAACGCUCGUGAGGUCUACGUGCGUGACGAGCAAUGCUUCAGCAUUGACUGGGUCGAGAGCAUGCACCGCGAGCCGACGCAGUACGAUGUCGAGACAGCCAAGCUCUCCGCAGGCAUGGAGGGCAUCUCACACGCGACCCUGUCGGACUAUCUGGACCGCCACAUCGAUGGCAACGGCACCUUUGAAAAGUUUGUCGAUGACUACUUCGAGGGCACUCCCUUCCUGACCCAGAUGCUCAAGACCGCCUUCCGAUACUACUACCGCACCAAGCUGCCCGUUAUUCGCAAAGCACUCAAGCUCAUCAUCGCUUACAAUCUGACCCUGCAUGUGACGAUGGUGGAAGGGAUUGGCGAGGAAGAAGGCUUCCUGGGCAAGAUCAAUAGCGCCAGCUCCAAAUUCAGGGGCAAGACCAUGGCCCCGGUGAUGAUCAACUUCCAGAUCAAGUGCGCCAUGGCGAGCAUGUGGCGUGAGCUGCAGAAGGAUGUGCUGGAGGAGCUCUCAUCGCUCUACUCCAGCGUGUACAGCGGUGACAAGCUGAAGAACUGGCCGACUAUCUUUAUCUUGGCUUCGAUUCUGUUGGCCGUGUGGGAGGAGAUGCAGUUCGACUGCCACUACCGCACGCCAGACCAGUCUGCCGUGGAGAAGUUCUGUAAUGACAUGGAGACUACGCCCGUCGGUGUAAUUGUUGGCCUAUUCCAGGCUAUCUCACAGAAGCUGCCUCCCUUCACCGAGUGGGACUCGCAGAAGCACCACCAGCUGCUGUACUCGAACCCCGAUGUGUGCAACACCAUGACCGAGGUCCGCCAGCAUGUCGAACAACAUGAGAGCUACCUGCGUGGCCGCACCAACUCCAAAUUCAACCGUAACGACUUUGACUGUUUAUCCAAUAAAUUUGUGUCUCGACUUGUGAUUCGCGCGAACUAG